AGAAACAAGUUCCAGUGAAAUAAAAUACAAGUGAUAAAGAAAUCAAUCGGGAUAAGCUGUAAUAAAAGUAUCUAUUAAGAUGACAAACACACUGUUCUCUCUAGUUUGAAGCUCUUAUAUUGUUAAAUGCUAAAACAAGUGGGAUGUGAUGGUAGGUAACUGGAAAUACUGAGGAAUUCAAAAUUCAGGGAAUUUAAUAAAAUACGCAUUUCCAAUGAUGAUAGUCAUGAUCACAGGGACGUUUUUUGUGUCUUGUUUUUUUUUUUUUUGUGAGAUUCGCUGAAACUGUGUCAGUAAUUACUCAUCAACAUCAUGAGACAUGGGAAAUAUUCCCUGACAAUGCGCUGUCCCUGACAAUGCGCUGUCAAGACUAAAAAAAAAAAAAAGGUUCAGAUUGUAGUAGUUUUUAACAGCUUAGCACUUUCUCUACCAGUAUCCGUCCUAAAAUGACCGUGUGAUGAAACUUUAAGUAGGUUACUCAUUUAACAGAGACAGUGUAUGUCAGUAUUAACAAAUGUAAUCAGUUAUACAUGCAGGGAAUUAAUGCAGUAAUAAUAAUAAAGUAGCAAAUGGCUCACACCAGUUUUGUAGUACUCUCAGUCUCGGUCUCAAGACCACUUUUUGAAGGUCUUGGUUUCUUCUCAGUCUCAUAUCAAGAUCAAUUUAAGACCAAAACUGUGAGCAUAUCACUAAAUUACUUGUGCAUUGUUUGAUUUAUUUGUUAACAUUAUUACUGUGAUUGGAGGUAAAACUUCCUGCUUCAAAUGCAACCAAUACUUAUUUCUAGAAGUUUUGUUACUGUUCAACGGCUGAUAUUGCUGUGUCUGUCCAAGAAGAGAUGUCAGCCAAGUCAAAGCCCCAAAGAGUUAAUCUGCAGACUCAUCCUAAGAGAUUUGGUGAAUAUUAUUAAGGUAUACUUAAAUGAGCCUCACUCUGCCUUGAUCUUGGUCUUAACUUGGUUUCAACUCCUUAAAGUCUUGGUCUUAUCUCAGGCCUCGAUAUACUCUGGUCUUGGUUGUACCUUGGUCUCUUGCCUUGGCUUUAGAUGGUCCUGACUACAACAGGGGUCACACUGACAAAGAUUAGGAGAAGCGUUUUAUUGUUUAGGUUUGAAACAUUCAUUAGUGCUCCUGAAAACACCGAAUCCCUUGAGACCCUGAGUCACUAAGAAGAAAGAGAGGGGAGGGGGGAAAGUGCAAACCCUGACGCUAUAUUAAGUUUCUUUGCUUACUCACUGACCACAGUGCUGAGAGAGAGUGAGACAGUGGAAAAAUAGAAAAAACUCCAGAGCCAGCACAAGAAACCGAAAGCAAAAACAUGAUAUAAAAUGUUCAGGCCUCACUGUAGCAUGAAGUUAUCUCAGCUCCUGAUUCACUAGAGUUCACUGUUCACUGCUCCUCCAAGAUGACUCUUUGGUGGCAGGCUCUCAUCCUCCUUUGCUGUAUACUGAACUGUGUGGAGUCCUCUGCUCCAUCUCCGGUCCACCAGAGCGAUAAAUACCACAACUCCUUUCGCCUUGCAAGAUCCACUCGAACCCGUGUCCAGCAGCUGCAGAGGAGAUAUAAAGAGCAGCAGCUGGGAGACGGCCAGUUCGAGGACAGGAGCCGGCAGUUAAGGGACCUGCCAUCGCUUUCUACAGAUUACUACAGCUGGCUAAAUCUGACGGACUGGGAACGACUGCAUGGUGCUUUCAAGGACAUGCAAGUCUACUGGAAUAUGUUGGAGUGGAAGAGAACACAGCUGGAGAGAGAGCAGGUGACCAGAGGGGCGGCCCACAACAUUUUACCUCACAGCAUGAAGUACAUUCAGCUGGACCUGAGAGACCUGAUGAGCCAAGUCAGCAAUCAGAUGAGUUUCAUGCAGAGCUCUUGGGUGAAGCACACCUCUCCUACAGCACGGGCACCGCUGAACCCAGACACCGGCUCUAAAACAGUAUGGGACAGCCGAGUGGAGGGUUACAUCAUUCUGAGGGAUCUUGAGCUUUACCUCACCAAGCUGGCGAGAGACUUCCUCCUUCUGGCUUCAAAAGCACAAGUGACUCAGCACUGAGCGCUGGGACCGUGACAACACACAAAUGCACACAAAGGCUGAAGCGACACCGAACAGAAAAUUGGAAUAAUAUUUAAAGUGAUAACUUUAAUCAGUGCUUUAGCUGUGUUGUCAACAUGUUGCAUGGUGCUCUCAUUCAAGCGUUUUUUUUCCUACAUGAUGUUUAACUGUAUAUUUAUGGGCUUUCUUGGGUAUUUCCCACAGUUUCUGUCUUACUUCUAACUGUAAGUUAGCAAUAAGCUGCCAGAGCGAAGAGAACAUGUCCCAACAUCCUGGUUUUUCCCCCAAACCCUCAGUCUACUGGACUUUCCCAGAGAUAUAUUUACUAUUUAUUAAGAUAUUUAUUGACAUGCUAUUUAUUUCGAGUGGUUUGUUUUAUUUCUCUUACAAUAUAGAGAUAAAGAGUUUGAAAUU